GAAUAAAUAGUGCGUCGCCGAGUGUGUUGCCGACCGUGUGUGUGUGAGAGAGUGUGUGCAGCUGCAAGCUGGGCGCCGUGCGCUCUCAGCAGCCUGUGCGACUCGUGUAAAUGAUUGGAUACCCGCACCGCAGCCGCACAACCUUCUGAACGCCCAGGAUAGACGAGCAAACCCAUCGCGGGUUGCAUCACGCAUCGCAUUCGCUUAAGAGGGCGCGCGCGCGCGAGGGAUAGAGAAAGAGAGAGAGGAGCUGCUGCUGCUACUGGCAGGCGCGGCCAGCCCAGCCCAGGCAUAUAUCCUCAUCGUCUGACAUGGGGUCCAUACGCCGCGGCCCGUCCGCGCUUGGCGUCUUGCUGUGCGUGGCGUGCCUCGCGCUGCCCCUCCGCGCCCUCCCCCAGGGCCCCGCCCAGCCCACCACCGGGGACUCGCUCGAGCUGUCCGAGGACAAGGACUUCGUGUACGAGGACCUCCUGGAGCACCACUCGGUCGUCUGCCCCAAGCCCAUGUGCAAGUGCAGCUAUGCCGGCUCCGGUGGCAUCCUGGCCAAGUGCUCGUCGCUCGACUUCAAGGGCCAGCGCUUCCAGGGAGUGGUGAACCACUUUGAAGUGAGCGACGCACCCGAGUUCGCCGACGGACUCUUCCUGCUCAACAACUCGCUGGCGUCACUCGGGCUGCAGUUCGUGACGACGGUCAAGAUCACCAACUCGUCCAUCAAGGGCGUGAGCCUGGCCACGUUCGAGGGACUGAGCGAGCUGUACGACGUGGACCUGUCCAACAACCACAUCAUGAUCCCGCACCAGGACCUGUUCGUCAACAACUCGGUGCUGCGCAAGCUGUCCCUGCGCGGCAACCCCAUCGGCGUGGCUCAGGUCGUGGAGCACACCCUCGAGAAGAGCUACCUGCUCAACUCGGCCUCCCUCAACGAGCUCGACCUGUCGAACUGCGGCUUGCAGUUCCUCUCCCCCCACGUGUUCUCGAGGAUGAAGCACCUGGAGCGCCUCAUCCUGGCCGGCAACAAGCUCGUACAACUGCACCCCGAAACCCUCUCGGGACUCGGCGAGCUCGAGGAGCUGGACCUGUCCAACAACCGCCUCAUGACCAUCAAUACGGCCAUGUUCGCCAACAACACGGAGCUGACGACCCUGCUGCUGCAGAACAACUCGCUCACCACGCUCCGCGGCGUCGAGAUCCUCGGCCUGGACGAGCUGGACGUCUCCCAGAACCUGAUCCCAGCCAUCGAGAGGGACACCUUCCUCGGCUUCCCCGGCCUGACGCGUCUCAACCUCAGCGAGAACGGCAUCGAGCGCAUCCACCCCCGCGCCUUCGAGCCUCUGCGACACCUGCAGGACCUUGACCUUUCGGCCAACGACAUCAAGGGCCCGCUCGCUCACGACCUGUUCAAGACCUGCGAUGUGCUCGAGACCCUCAACUUGUCCGACAACCCCAAUAUGAUGGCUCUCCCCGCCGGAGGCUUCGAGGGUCAGUUCAGCGCCCUGUACCAGCUCGACAUCUCAUACUGCAGCAUCUCGAGCCUCGAAGAGGACAGCUUCCGCGGCAUGGAUCAUCUUAGUUCCCUUAACUUGCAAACAAACAAUCUGACAGAGGUGCCCCCAGGCGUGCUGCGCCGCCUCCCGCAGAUUGUCACCCUCAACCUGUCCGAGAACAAGAUCGUCGUCCUGGACAACCAGAUGUUCGAGACCAACGCCUUCCUCCGCUACCUGGACCUCUCCGGCAACCGGCUGACCAGCGUGUCUCCGAGCGUGUUCGCCUUUACGCCCUACCUCCGCUACCUGGAUCUGAGCCAGUGCCGGCUGACCUCCCUGUGGGAGACCCAGCUUGGCCAGGUCGACCGCACCUCCCUGCUGCGCAAGCUCAGCAACCUCAACGUGGCCGGCAACCUGAUCCAGAACCUGCGCGUCCGCGACGUUGCUCUUGCCGGAGGUUUGACGGUGCUGGACAUCAGCGAGAACCCCAUCCGGUGCACCAAGGACCUGUACAACGUGAUGGAGUGGCUCGUCAAGAAGUCCGUGGCGCCGCGCUCAGACCGCAAACAGGGCGUCGUCGCGGCCACCGCCGGCGAGCUCAAGGAGGACCUGAUGCACGCCGUCGAGGACAUGAUGGAGGAGCGCAGCCUGCGUGUUCGCUGGGCCGCCGUGUACGACUCCCUCUGCGGCGCUAGUGCUUUCGACCGCGAGCGGAUCAAGGAGAAGAACAGCAUCCUGGCCUCGUUCGCAGGCACGACCGCCGCGCCGGCCAGGCCCGCCCCGGCGAGGAAGGGGGUCACGGAGCAGGAGCUUGACGACAUCCAGGUGGUGCUCGGCAAGAAGAAGCUCACGGUCCCCGCCACUGUCCUCGACGACCUGGACGACUCUGAGGAGUCCGACGACUCUUACUAUUCCGAUUCGGAUGAUUCGUCCACGGCCAACGCCGAUGUGGAAAAUAGCGAUGUGGAAAGUGCCGACGAGGAGGAUGAUGAUGAUGAGGAUGACGAGGACGAGGAUGAGGAUGACUACGACGACACCAACCUCAUCUCAGACUCGAACAGCAACGGCACGGAUUACCUGGCCUUCACUCACCGCGGCAACCCGUACCUGUGGCCCGUGCUCACCAUUGGUGCGCUGCUUGCCACCACGGUGCUCGUCGUGUCCAACGUGGUCGUCUGUCUGGUCAGGAGGCGCCGCGCCCGGCGGCACGCUCGCUUCCAGUCGCCCAUGUUCCGACAGCUCGGAGGCCUCCCUAUUGCCGGCCAGCACAAAGUGUUCGGCGGUAUCCCCGGCUCCUUCAUCAAGACCAAGAAGGACGGCGGCUUUGUCUACAAGAAGCUGUACGAGGAGACGACCACGCCCGUGUUCGUGCCCCAGCCCCAGGCCCCCCAGGCCCGCACCUUCCGUUUCCCCCUCGACCCCAGUGACUUGCAGGGUGGGAAUGAUCCCCAAAGGGUCUAGGUAGGGGCCUCCACGUUCUCCAUGGAGAAUCAUGCCCUGAAAAGAAAUUUGUCAGCAUGGCACACCCGCUGCAGUCAAAAGGGAUUCAGUUACCAGGGUGAUUAUUAAUGGAUUGACUGUGGUGUGACCAAGAUGUAAUAUAGUCACGCCUUGGGUUAAAAAAACAACAUGAACUUAUGAUAAGAUGCAGUCAGUUUUGAUGCAGUAUUUUGCCACUUUUUUUUCUUUUUUUUUUUUUUAAGAAAAGAGGAAUUUGAGAUGGUAUCAUUGGUUUAGAGAAAAUGUCAAAGUAUUUAUCUUGAUUACAUACAUCUCAAACUGCAACUUGGUCAAUUCAACUCUGACUGUGUGAUUGACACGUGCCUGCAAUAAGCCAGUUUAUGUUGUCUAUGAACUUAGUGUGCAAAGUGCUUACUUAAAAGAAUAGUGGGUAUAAAUUUCUCCAGUGUUAUCCAAGUAUUAUCUGGUUUCAGCCUUCUAGAAAUUUCCCUUCAUAGUGCACUAGAUACAGUUGCCCCAUCAGUAAAAGGAACAUGCAAAUUGCAGAGGCACAUCCUGAAUUUGACAUGAAGAAAUUAAUGUCCUAACAAAAUGUUAUGCCAUUCCCACUCAAAGAGAUAUGAAUUUAUUCCUUUCUCUAAUUGGUGCACUAUCUAAAAUCAUUCAAACUGUACUUUUCUGUAAAUUGUAUUUUCAUUUAUCAUGUGGUUAAUGAAUUUUUUUCCAUAAACUUAUUUCUUAGUUCAUCUGUAUAUAGUUAGCUUGAAAAAAAAAAAAACUGUCAUUCUCUCAGCAUAAUGAUAUGAAAAGUGCACUUGGGAGUCUGAAAAUAGCACUAUGUCACAUCUCUCUUUCCUGUGAUGUGGCUUCAAUUCUGGUUUCUCAGUUGACUCAGUUGACAUCACUUUUCCUUUUUUAUCUCAUGAAUCAUAGCCAUGGAAAGCAUCAACUUAUGAGUUGUUGUAUGAUGGUCUACCUUGUAUCCCACACAGCAAAAUAUAUCUUUGACGUAUCUGUGAGAUAUCUGAAUGCAGACAGAAGACUUGCAAAUCAUUUUCAAAAGAGUGCUUGAAUGUCUAUAAGAUAUUUAUUUUGACAUUGCUCUGUAUUGUGUACAUCUAUAUGAUGUGAUUUACCAGUACUACUAUUUUGCUAUCCUUUAAAUAUCUGGCAAUGUGCAAGAGAUAUCUAGGUAAUGCUGUGUGGGUGUGCGUGGGUAUGCAUUUCUAUCAGAAAUCUUUCUUUUACUUGUGAUAAGAAAACGAAUUAAUCUGUAGUAAGAGCAGAUUAAUGACUUAAACUUUUGCAUUGUAUUUUAGCUAGAAUAUGAAUUUUUUAUGUUUCAUAUGUUGGUGAAUGUUUAGAUAAAAGACACGGCAUAUCAAAGUUUGGUAUUUGACAAACUUGUUUUUCAUAGCCAUUCAAAAACUAAAUACCUAGAUAUGACUCUAUUCCAUCAUUAUCAAUUCCAACAUUUAUGUACAAAAUUGAUGUGUCAUCCACCCAACUUGAUCAGUAAAUUUAAGAUUGUGUUAUGGCAUUUAAGAGAAAUGGGUAUGAUUAAGUUUAGCAUUUAGAUGUAAGUGUCCAUGAGUCAAUUAAAUAAAAAGAGAGAGAAAUUAAAACUCUGCUGGUGCUAUUGUUUGCUCCAACUGUUAAAUUUUUUUCUGGCCACUUAAAUGUUUUUAUUAUGAAGAGUACCGAGGGACUGAAAAACUAUUCUAAUCAUGAAUCAAUUGUCCGUCCAUAUGGUGGCAUAAACUUGUGGAGUGCUCCAUACAUGUUUUAAAGUAUUGUCAACAGAAUUAUGUAUUUCAAAGGUGUUGCUACACCAAUCAUUACUUCAUUACUUUUUUUCUUUUUUUUUUCUUUCUGAUUUUAUGGGAUAAGAGGGGUGGGCAGCUAAUGGGUUCCUUAUUGGAUUAUGGCUCUUUAUUUCACCACCAUUUGCAAUGUUCAACAAUAUGAGUCGUAUCAUAAGUGUAAGCCAUGAGUUGAGUUAUAUUUGAAAUUGCAAGUCAGCACGGUCAUGAUAUGACUCAAAACAGCUGUCAAACUCUUUUUUCCAGAAAGUUGAUUGUAUUUGCAAAGUAGAACAUUUCAUGUCUUACCAGAUCUACAGUCCAUUCCAACAAAUAUACAUAUAAAUAACAUGUUUCAAACAUUCCUUAGAAGCUUUUAAUACUUUUAACCGUUAUUAGCUCUGUUAACAUAAUCACAAUUUUUAACCAAGUGCCAUACCAUAUUUAUAAAGCGUUCAUAUCCAACAAGUUGUAGGACCAUUUUUGAUUCAACAAAGAGGGUUCCCAUUGGUGUAAUAAAACAUACGUGAUAUAAUCUAAGAGUUGUUCUUGUAAACACAUAUGGGAUUCUGUCAUCCCAAUUUAAAACCACUAGCAGUUUGUUGUGUGUUUACUAAAUAAAUAAAUAUACUUCAAACAUUUUU